GCUCAGGACCUCUACUAUCGGGCUAGUGGAAAGCUGUCAAGGAGGAACUCUGAGGAGUCCAAUGGAUGAAUGGUGAUCUCCAUGGAAGAGAAGCCCUCUGGAGAUGGAGCAGCAGGAUAAGCCAGUCGAUCGCCCAGUGUCAUCACCCUGCCUGCUGGCUGGGCAGGGUAACGCCUCAGGUCACCACCCUCUCCAGCCUGCCUUGGGCUUGGAGAGUGAGAAGGAGGGCGAGGGACAGCUGGCAACCCUGAACAUUCACCGUCCAUCGCUCCAUCACCUAGACCAAGAUGUCCAGGCUCCUGAGGAUGUUCAGGAAGAAGGCUCUGCAGGUGGCCCCAGAGCCUGAUGGAAGCAGCUGCCAUCUUCCCCAGGAGCUCCUGGCUGGGCCAGGAGGUGGAAGUGCCCAGCCUUCUGGCAGAGGAAACCCGCUCCCGGCGCAGGGGCCGAGGUGGGAGAGGCACCAGCCAGGCCAAAAUGGAGCUGGCCCAGGAUGCAACUGGGCAGGCAGGACCCAGCCCAGGAGCGAAGCCGGGCAGGGUGGCUCUGGGGCUUGUUGUGUGAGUAGCACCGGCCCCAGGAGCCCAGACCUGAUUCCAGCAGGAGGCAUCGCCCUGCCCGGUCACUGAGGACCUUCCAGCCUCCCCAGGGCAGGAGGUGGAGGAUCCCUAUCCCAGCACCAGCAGCUCGGCCCACUUCCCAUGGGAGAGCAGCAGCACCUGGGACUCAGGCAGCAGUGAGGCCAAUGGGCGCCGCUGCUUUGCUCCAGGGACUGCCAUGGACUCAGAGGACGAGGAGGAGGAAUGGGUGGACAUGGCCACAAAGGAGACUGCUCUCAAGAACAUCCGAGAGUAGCUCCAGGGCUGAGAAAAGGAUGAAGCCCAGCAUCUCAUGUUUCAGCACACCAUCCACCCGUGUGUCUCGCUGCACAACCGAGAGGGCAGGACACGCUGGAGGCACACUUCUGCAAGGCGGCUGUGAUGGAGAGGAUUGUGGAGCUCAUUGAGGAGCUGCCUGAUAACUCUCCACCCGGCGGCGUCCUCGCUAACUCCCUGAUUGCUCUGGGCAACCUCAGCACCAUGACACCUGCCCUGGAGCCAGAACUGGAGACCCACCUACUUCGAGCUGCCCUGCAUGCCAUCUUCAUCCUGGGCACGGAGAAGUUCACCACUCAAGUCUAGGUAGAUCAUGCUAAAGUCAUGGUUUGAAGAGCCAGCUGUCAACCUGCCACAAAUCAUUUUUAAUUGCCUGCAUUGGGAUGUGAAUGAGAGAGACCAGGAUAUGUGUUUGGAGGUCUCACCAGUGCUUCCCAGAGACCCCUUGUGACGGGGCGGAAUGGCCCCGCACUGGGACUGAAAGAGUUAACCCUUCCCUGCUGACAGAGGAAGCCAUGCCCGUGAGGCUCUGCUGCGCAUGCUCCAACCGGGAGUCAAGCAUAAAAGGCUGCAGAACUGCUUAGUUCGGGCUGGCAGCUCAGGAAGAAGGAUGCCCUGCAGAAGCUUCAGCCCAGGAGCAGUUGCAAGGAAGGAGGGAGCUGAGGAGCCAGGAAGCGGGCCCAGAGACUGGCAGCCGUGGAAAUCCCAGGGAGCAUCGGGUGCUGAGGAUCCUGAAGACCCUGAUGCCACAAGAACUGCUACGUUUGGAGGACUGGAUUUGCAUAGGGUAUGCCAGACCUCCUGGACACCAUGCUGGGGAACCUGCUGGUGGAGUCCCCAGACACCGACAGGCUCCACAACAUCUUGGAGGUCUUCAGCAAGUUCUUCUCGGAGAGGCAGAGAAGAUUUUUCUCCAGAUGGAGGGCAGUGCUGGCCAUCCACGACCCCCUGCUGCGUGUCAGCCAGGCUGGGCUGCUCCUCGCCUACCUCCUCCUGGGGGAAGUUCAGCAGCUGAUGGGGGACAAGGAUCUGCAUAGGGUCUUGCCAGAUCUCCUGGAUGCCAUUCUGCAGAACCUGCUUGCAGAGCCCCGAGACACCGACAGGCUCCACUACAUCUUGGAGCACAUUAACUACUGGAUCGUGUCCAGGGUGUCGCAGGAGAGAGCCAGGGCCAUUAGGAGCAGCACGGCCCUGCUCAGAUUCACCAUCCCCUUCCUGAGUUUGACGUCUUCGGCAAGUUCUUCUCAGAGAGGCAGAGAAGAUUUUUCCUCUAGACAGAGGGCAGUGCUGGCCAUCCACGACCCCCUGCUGUGUGUCAGCCAGGCUGGGCUGCUCCUCGCCUACUCCCUCCUGUGGGAAACCCAGCAGCUGAUGGGGGACAAGCAGGAGGACGUCACGGCCAAAGUGAUGCACCUGCUCCGCAUCAUCCGGCACUUGUGCCAGGUGCCUGAGGCACUGCAUGGGCUGUGCCUCUGUGGCCACCAGGAACUCCCACCCACUCCCUGCUGCAGGCCCUGGGAUCUGGCACAGCCUCCCAGACUGGCGCAGCCUGCAGAUGAGCCACCUCCGGGAGCAGUGGGGACACAUCACCUCGUCCCAUCAAAGCAAGCAAUGGUGGGUCUCAGAGAGGCUAGAUGGAAGACCCCACUCCCUCCUGGAGGAAGAGGCUCCCCAGAGAUGUCCUCGAACAUGGACUCCUAUGAGCAUUUCCGCUGGGAGGCUCCAGCCCCUCGAGCAUGAAGAGAGCAUCAGGUAGCUCUGAAGAAGGCCUGCCCAGAGCCAUGGAUGCCAUGCUGAGGAGCUUGCUGACAGCAACCCCCAGCACAGACAAUCUCCAGCACAUCUUGGAGCUACCAAUCCAUGAGAGGACCUUAUGAGGUACCUGUCUGGCACAAUAAUUCUGCAUUGAAUCAGCUCUGUCCCAGCUUCUCACAGAGAUGUAUCCUGCAGCCAGCUCAGUUCAGGGAGUAGUGGGGACAGGUGAUCUCCUCCUGUCAGACCAAGCAACAUGGGUCUCAUUGAGGCUCAGAUGGAAGUUCCCAUGCAUCUCCUGGAGAGGAUGUGUCCAGGAUCCUGGAUAAUAUUUUCUGCAGGAGGUUUGAACGAGGAGAGAUCACUCACUGUCAUGACCCAGGGGUCUUCAACCCAGGACUGUAGGGUUCAUGGAAGCAGCCACACUCCAACCUUCCACCUGGAAGCCUGCUGAAAAUUGCUUACCUAGGACCCAUGAAGUUCAGCCCCAGUCUGAGGCUCCACUCCUGAGGUUCUAGUGGAGGGGUCCCAGAGAAGCUAAUUGGCCCUCUGGCCCUGCUUAAGGCAGCAGCAGGAAAAGGAAGCUGACUGAACACCAGGGCUGCUCCCUGUUCUGGACCGUGUGCUGCCUCUUUCUGCUGCUGCUCCCCUGGCUUGAUUUCCUGGCAUCUGAUUUGUGGUUGUGAUUGCAAGUUUGUCUUGUGCUUCUGAUCUUCCAGUAUCCUGACCCAGCUGACUCUCGACUCCUGUCAUGGCUCACCAUCCAUCUUGGAGCGGAACACCAGAUGGGAGCUGAUAGAUUGUCCUUGGUGGGCCAUGUUCUUGUGUGUGAUGGAGCUGUGUGCCAGAGAGGGCCAAGAGAAGAUGCACCACACAUGGCCAGGACCGGGCUAAACAAUCUAUAAUGAGAGUCAGCCAGUGCGGCCUAUUUGCAGAAUGUGGAAGAGCCGUUUGGCGAUGGGUUGGAGAAUUCACCAUGUAGGUGGCAGCAGCUGCAGUGCCUGGGGUCCCCAUGGGCCAAGGCUCCAUUCCUGACACACCAGGCUAAUCUCCCACUGCUCUCAGGGGGCUUUGGCUUUAGCUGCUGGGCCUGGGUGCCUAGAGAGAGGACUCUGGUAUUUCCAUCAGGCUGUUCAAUGGCAAAUGCAGCCAUCCACAGAAGUGAAGAAGAAUGGAAGUGGAAAGAGUAAAGCUGGACCAUCUGCUGAGCUGCUGCAAUCAAGUGAGCAGAGCUGGGGAGAGAAGAAAGAGAACGUGAAGGUGGCUGGUGGCAGUAAGGAGGAAAAGCAGUUUGGGAGCCAGGA